CUAUCCUUGAACAGCACUAUGGCCCGUCUUCCUUUAUCUACAUGAACGCGGAAGAGAAAUUUGACAUUUAGAAAUGUGACAUCUGCCAUUAUGCUUAUGUACUAUUAUAUCUUGGCUUUAUUAGUACUAUCACAUAAGUGGAAGUGUUGGAAGAUAGAAAGGAGGAUAAAGAUUAAAGAACUUAGAAGACAACGUAUGUACCAUCUAAUCUGUGAGAGCGAUGUUAAGUGUAUAAAUGACCUUCGCAUGGAUAGGAGAACAUUUCAUAUAUUGUGUGAUAUGCUUAGAGAUAUUGGUGGUUUGAGGGGUACAAGAAAUACACCAUUGGGAGAGAUAGUAGCGGCAUUCUUACACACACUAGCUCAUCAUGUCAAGAAUAGAACAAUGGGGGGUUUCUUCUUAAGGAGUGGUGAGACAGUGAGCAGAAACUUCAAUGCAUGCCUCCUAGCAGUAUUGAAGCUUCACCAAUUGCUCCUUAAGAAACCAGAACCUAUACCUGAGGGCUGCAUAGACUUUAGAUGGAAGCACUUCAAGAGUUGCUUGGGUGCAUUGGAUGGCACACAUGUAAAGGUGACUGUCCCAACUAAGUUGAAGGGGAGAUAUAGGUCAAGAAAAGGAGAAAUUGUGACAAAUGUGUUGGGUGUUUGUGCACCGACAUGCAGUUUAUAUAUGUCUUACCUGGUUGGGAGGGUUCUGCACAUGACGGGCGUGUGCUUCGAGAUGCCAUCUCGAGGCCGGAUGGAUUACGUGUCCCUCAAGGCGAGUUAUGUCCCUUCAUAUUGAAAAAACAAUUAUUUAGGCAUAGUUAUUGGUGUUAAACUUAUACUUUCUUUUUUCCAUGUUAAGGUUGCUAUUAUCUUGUUGAUGCUGGUUACACAAAUGCAAAUGGUUUCUUAGCACCAUAUCGAGGACAGAGGUACCAUCUAGGAGGUUUCACUACUCAAAACCCACCACAUAGUGCUGAGGAGUACUUCAACUUGUGCCAUGCUAGAGCUAGGAAUAUUGUUGAGAGGGCAUUUGGAAGGCUCAAGGGUCGGUGGGGAAUUUUAAGGUCUCCAUCGUUUUUUCCAAUCAAGACUCAAAGUCGAAUUAUAAUGGCAUGUGCCCUCUUGCACAACUUAAUUUUGCAAAAUAUGUCUAGAGACCCAUUUGAAAAUGAUGAGGAGCCAGCUAUGGAUGCAUCAUUUGAAGUUAUGGAUGGAGAAAUCAGUGAACCAGAAUUUAUCACAGGUGUCUCAACAUCUAAUGAAUGGACUGAUUUCCGUAAUAAUCUUGCUCAGGGGAUGUAUAAUAGAUAUAGAGCUAGGUCUAAUAACUAAGGACAUGAACCAAUCAGAGAGCUCAAGUGUUGCUCGGGGAAGAGGGAAAAACAAAAGGAUCUGGACUUAUUAUGAGGAUGAGGAGUUAAUUAAAUCACUAUAUGAGAUAUCUUUAGAUCCAAAGUGGAAAAGUGAGGGAGGUUUUAAGAAUGGGUAUUGUUUUGUUCUAGAAAAUGAACUCAAAGCAAGGCUACCAGGGUGUGGUCUCAGUGCUAUUCCACACAUUGAGUCUAGAGUGAGGCAUUUUAGGACCAAGUAUGGUGCUAUUGAGGCCAUGCUUGCUAAGAGUGGUUUUAAUUGGGAUGACAACAGAAAAAUGGUGCAAUGUGAGAAACAACAAUAUGAAGCCCAUUGUAAGGAUAAUCCUGAUGCAAAGGGACUUUAUGGUAUUGCAUUUCCACAUUUUGAUACCUUGGCUGCUAUAUAUGGCAAGGACAUAGCUACUGGAGAAGGGGCCGAGGGGCUUGGGUCCAUUUUCCUUACAGCUGUAACUAACAUGGAGAAUGAAAUAGCUAUGGGAGAAGAUUGUCCAGUAGUGGAAGAGGAUAUGGUUUCUAUGGAUACACCACAACGGUCUAUGGAUAAUAGGAACUCAGAUCAUUCAACUUCAUCGAGCAGCAAAAGAAGGAAGAAACACAAAGAUAAUAUGUCAAGUGACCCAUUCUUGGAUCUAGCAAGUGGAAUUCGUGGUAAUCUUAACAAAGCAUCACAACACUUUGGAAGGAUGGCAGAAGUGAUGGAGAUGGAAGCAAAAAAGGAUCAAAUGCAAGAGUUACAAGAGAAGUCUGUUGUUGAGUUGACUAGACUUGGUUUUGGGGGUAGUGAACUGCUCAAAGCCGUUGCUGUUUUUGUGAAGGUCCCUAAUCAGACGAUGAUGCUUUUCGCGCUUCCUGAGACUCUUAGGAGAGAAUUCAUCCUGAACAUGAUUGCAGGUAAUAACUAG